AUGAGUUCACAGCGGACGCCUUAUGGGCCGGAAGACGUCGACUGCCUCGGCGGACGCCGACGCGCGACGCAAGACGGCCGGAGUCGAGCGCGGAUGAAUACGUAUGAGGUGGAGGCGCUGCAGGCAGACGCGGCGGCGACGCGAAGCGGCACGCAUUCCAGGCGGGUCCACAGGACGUGCCCGCGGCCGCCCGAUCACGCUGUUCGAAGCGAGAUUUGGCGAGCCGCGCUCGGCGACGGCCGAACGUUCGGCGUCGUCUUCCGCUCGCGCUACAACCACACGCUGCGUCGCGACGACGUCGUGCGCUCGCUCGCGGAGGUCGUCGCCGAGAAGAACGCGGCGCACCGCGUCGACCUCGCCAACCCGCAGCUCGCCGUCGUCGUAGAGGUCGUCGCCAACGUCUGCUGUCUGAGCGUGCUCACCGACUACGCGAGGUUCCGCAAGUACAACCUGUCGGAGCUGUACGGCGAGACGCGGCGGCGGCAGGCCGACGAGGCGCCUAGCGACGCAGGCAAAGCUGAGAGCGGCGAGCGCAAGGAUGCUGAGGAUGCGGGCAAAGCCCUCGGCGAGGGUAGAGAUGGCGAAGCCGCGGGUGAUGCGGGCACCGGGCAGGACAGAGACGGCAACGAGGCAGGGGAAGGCAGGAAGAACAUGGAGGCCGAGGAAGGCGGGGAGAACAUGGAGGCCGGGGGCGAUGCGUCACCGAACGAUUGCGGCGACGAGAAUGGCGAAGCGGUGGAUGAGGCGCUAGUUGUCACGACGAAACUGGAUGCAGGGGAUGGAAUGUUGAGAGAAAUCUGUGACGAAGAGAAAAGUAAAUCGGUGGACGAGACACUAGUUAUUAGUAAUAAUGCGGUGAAACUAGAUGCAAAGGAUGAAACGUUGGGGAAAAAUUGUGACAAAGAGAAAAGCGAAUCGGCAAAUGAGACACUAGCUACUGAUACAGUCACAUAGAUAAUGGAUUUAGAGGGUGGAACGUUAGGCAAAAGGUGUGCAAAAGUUAACAGUAAAUCGGUGAAUAGUACUAGUUGUCAGUAAUGACUCAUAGCAACUUGGUAUAGAGGAUGGAACAUUUGGAAUUGUGGCAUAGAGAAAAGCAAAGGGGUGCGAUAUACACAUGCAUCUCAAAAUGUCAAAUCUUUCUGUACAAUUUCAUUUUCAAUAUUAUCCAUUUGUUUUGCCACAAAGGAAAUUUCCUCUAUUAGAAAUGUUUGUAUGAGAUAUGUGUUUGUGCAGCACAAGCAGGAUGUGGGAAAUAAAUGAUUAAUCGCACAA